GAGGAGUGUAGCCAGAGCGAUCGACACUGGGACAAAUCCUAGGGUGCCACUGAAAGGUGGGGAGUAAGAGAAAGCCAGAGCGACUGAAACGCGGAGCUACUCUCAGCAACAACAGCAGCUAUCAGGAGCUGGAUAUACACAUACAUGCGUCCCUACAUGCUCACAUGGGGAGAAUUCAAGCUGCAGCUCAUAGGAGGAGGGAAGCGUUUCGUCUGUGCAAAGGCUAUGCACGUCAGGGAUGAAACUAAAAGCUGAAAGAAGUGGCUGCGCUCCUGGGACUGUGUCAUCUUGGAAGGGAGGGAGGCAGGAAGGAAGGAAGAAAAGGGGGAAGAUAACUGGCAUGUGGAAGAAGAUGGGAGACUAACUCACUGCUGUGCAGCAGGGAAAUCCAACUUGUACAUCUGAAAUACACCAGGCUCAGCUUGGAAAUGAAAUCAGACCUGCAUUGAAACACAGAAAGGGAGGAAAAGGGAGGCAGAGACACGAGAGCUUUUAUCGUUUUCCUGUCUCUCUUUCCCUCUCUCUCCUCAAAGAAAUAGAAGUUUUUCCGUCUCGGUGCUUCUGGAUUCAUAUAGCUGCUGGACAAAAGAUGGAGAGGAAGCUAAAAUGAAAAGCAAAGUAUACUUCUGAAAUUUACAGCUAAAAGGACAAAUCACAUCUUUCCGGGUUUCUUUGUGCCCCAUUGGGGGAGUUUUAGCGUCUGAAGGAUUUUGAAAAGUUGGGGGGGGGGAAAGGCGAGAGUGGGCGUUAAAAAUACCCAUCCCAAGUCUUUAAAAAAUAACGAGGUGAUGGAUUUAUUCUUGACAGCUGGUGAGAACCUUGAAUUUUUCUCUACUCCCUCCCUCCUUCAUUUCAUUUAAUGUGAAAUUAUGAAAAUGCAGAGGAGUUGCAGGGAAGGCAAAAGGAUAUAAUGUGGAGUUUGAAACAAGGAGAGAGUGCUGAUGCUGUGGAUUGCUGGCUUCUUGCCGAAAUCAAAAAUCCAAUUGCGCACUGGGUUGUGAUUGGAAAUCUAAUCAGAUCUUUGGAGAGGGGGGAGAGAGACUACAAGUUUAUUGUUUUGACAGACAGGAAUAAAAAUUUAAAUGCAAGAGGAAAUUCUUUUCUAAAGGACUGUGGGGGUAUAGAGGAAAAGAAGAAUGGGAAUCCCCAUUCUAAUGUGGAGACACAUGGAUUGGAUAAUUGAUAUUGCAGCAAAGAAGGGGGAAAAAGAAAAUUGCCUCGCAAGACCUGGAUCCUAAGUGUCACAACAAAAUUGCAUUAAAAGACUACAGAUGGAGGAUUGCUUAAAGGAAAUACAGUUUUUUCUGCUCUUCAGAGAAAAAACAAAUAGAGAGCAAUGGGGAGCAGUGCAGCCAGAAAGGCAGAAAAUCUCAGAAAAAGGAAACUAGGCAAACGAUCCACAGUGGAAUGAAAAGUUUCAGAAAGGAAAAGGACCAUUCAUUCUCCUCAAGGAUUUUUGGUUUUUUCCUUAUUUUAAACCACUAUUCUUCAGUGAAGGUAACCAUCAACAUUACCACUACAGAAAUUUUAAGCAGAAAAGUUGAAAGUCACAGAGAAAAUAAGGACAGAGAAGAAAGCAAAUUGCCAGAGGGGGAGAGUUCAGCAGUGUUGAGUUGGAUUGGCACCUGUAUGGAUGGAAAUUGCUGGGAAAUUGCAAUUGGAUAUCCUUUUUUUUUUUAUUUCCUUUCUUGUUUUUAAUUUUGGUUUGAUUGCUGAAAUGAAAUAGUUUUCUAACCCCUCCCCCACCCUGGCUUUUCAUAAUCACUCGGAUUUCCAGCUGGAUAGUCUUUGAGGAUACAACGAUUCAAACUCCAGAAGGACCAACACCAAAUAAAUUAUGAAUGUUGAACAAGAUGACCUUACAUCCACAGCAGAUAAUGAUAGGUCCUAGGUUUAACAGGGCCCUAUUUGACCCCCUGCUUGUGGUGCUGUUGGCUCUUCAGCUUCUUGUGGUGGCUGGUCUAGUGAGGGCUCAAACUUGCCCUUCUGUCUGCUCCUGCAGCAACCAGUUCAGUAAAGUGAUUUGUGUACGGAAAAAUCUUAGAGACGUACCAGACGGCAUCUCCACCAACACCCGGCUACUCAAUCUCCAUGAGAACCAGAUUCAAAUCAUUAAAGUUAAUAGCUUCAAGCAUCUGAGGCACCUAGAAAUCCUGCAGCUCAGCAGGAAUCACAUCAGAACAAUUGAAAUAGGGGCUUUCAAUGGUCUGGCCAAUCUCAACACUUUGGAACUCUUUGACAAUCGUCUGACCACUAUCCCAAAUGGGGCUUUUGUAUACCUAUCAAAACUGAAGGAACUGUGGUUGAGAAACAACCCCAUUGAAAGCAUCCCUUCUUAUGCUUUUAACAGAAUCCCUUCUCUCCGGAGGUUGGAUUUGGGGGAAUUGAAAAGGCUUUCAUACAUCUCAGAAGGUGCCUUUGAAGGUCUGUCCAACUUGAGGUAUUUGAACCUUGCCAUGUGCAAUCUUCGAGAGAUACCUAACCUUACUCCGCUUGUAAAACUGGAUGAGCUAGAUCUUUCUGGGAAUCACCUGACUGCCAUCCGGCCAGGUUCUUUCCAAGGGUUAAUGCAUCUUCAGAAAUUGUGGAUGAUACAGUCCCAGAUUCAAGUGAUAGAAAGGAAUGCUUUUGAUAACCUUCAGUCACUUGUAGAGAUCAACCUGGCACACAACAAUCUAACACUACUGCCUCAUGACCUGUUCACACCGCUCCACCUAGAAAGGAUCCACUUGCAUCACAAUCCUUGGAACUGCAACUGUGAUAUCCUUUGGCUCAGCUGGUGGAUUAAAGACAAGGCACCCUCCAACACUGCAUGCUGUGCCCGUUGCCACACGCCCCCCAGUUUAAAAGGAAGGUACAUUGGUGAGCUGGACCUGAAUUACUUCACAUGUUAUGCUCCAGUCAUAGUGGAGCCACCAGCAGACCUCAACGUCACAGAAGGCAUGGCUGCAGAGAUGAAAUGCCGGGCAUCGACCUCCCUGACCUCCGUAUCUUGGAUUACUCCCAAUGGAUCUGUAAUGACGCAUGGGGCAUACAGAGUUCGGAUUGCUGUGCUCAGUGAUGGCACAUUAAAUUUUACCAAGGUAACUGUGCAAGACACGGGUUUGUACACAUGCAUGGUGAGUAACUCUGUUGGGAAUACCACGGCUUCUGCCACGCUGAAUGUGACUGCCCUGGAUAACCCUGGUUACACGUACUUUUCAACUGUCACGGUAGAGACUGUGGAACCUUCUCAGGAUGAGGCACAGACCACAGAGCAGGUUGGGCCCACACCAGUUACCAACUGGGAAACCAUUAACAUGACAACCUCACUCACUCCACAGAGCACAAGAUCAACAGAAAAAACAUUCACCAUUCCUGUGACGGAUGCAAACAAUGGGAUCCCAGGAAUAGAUGAGGUUAUGAAGACUACCAAAAUCAUAAUUGGUUGUUUUGUGGCUAUCACUCUCAUGGCUGCUGUGAUGCUGGUAAUUUUCUACAAAAUGAGGAAACAGCAUCACCGGCAGAACCAUCAUGCUCCAACACGGACUGUAGAGAUCAUUAAUGUGGAUGAUGAGCUUACAGGUGACACACCCAUAGAGAGUCAUUUGCCCAUGCCAGCAAUAGAGCAUGAGCACUUAAAUCACUAUAACUCUUAUAAAUCUCCUUUCAACCACACAACAACAAUUAACACAAUAAAUUCAAUACACAGUUCAGUGCAUGAACCGUUAUUGAUCCGAAUGAACUCGAAAGACAAUGUUCAAGAGACUCAAAUCUAAGACAUUUAUGACAUUAAGGGGUGGGGUGGGGGGACAACAAAAGAUGGUUUAUAAAACAAAUGACACAAAUGACUGGGCUAAAUCUACUAUUUCAAAAGUGUCUUUACAAAGAAAAAGAAAUUUAUUUAUUAAAAAUUCUAUUGUGAUCUAAAGCAGACAAAAUUAUGUGUAUUCCUCAGAACCUGUUUUUGCUGCAGUUAUUUACCCUCCUCGUUCCCGUUUUCUGCCCAACCUACCCUGACUCCCAUUUGCCAUAUUUUUCAUAGGAGAUCUUGAUUCCCUAAAAGAACUGAUCUAGGAAAUUUUGUAAGAAUUCUGUUACACUUUGGGAAUUUUUAUGGUGAAUUCUAGUGGUGAGAUUCGGUCUAUUUUGUCACUUUCUCUUUUUUCUUUUGUUUUCUCAUGCCCUUUUUGAAAUUAUUCAACAGAGAAUGGAGUAAUAACAGUACCUUUGCAAGUGAGAAAAACAAGUAAACCUUUUUUUCCUCCAUGUAAUGAUUUGCUCUGUAUUUACCGAAAGCACCAUUCUGUGAAAAAAAUGGAAAAAAAGUAAAAAAAAUCAAACCAAAAAUUAAUUUACUUGUGAAAGCCUAUAAAACCCAUGAUCUUUUAAGCAAUUCUAGAACCUGAAUUUGUAGUUCAAACACUAAACUAAGAUUAUAAAUAAAAUACUGUUUUUUUUCUGUA